AUGAACGUGAACGAAAAAUCCCUCGACAACUACGACGUCCUGGCGGUGAUGGGCAGCGGCUCCUUCGCGACGUGCAAGAAGGUGCGGGACAGGAGCACCGGCGAGCUGUUCGUGCUGCAGAGCAUCAGCUACGACAAGCUGGACGAGAUCGAACGCGACGCGCUGUUCUCGGAGGUUGGCAUGCUCCGGGAACUGCAGCACCAUAACAUUGUGCAAUACCACCACCAAUUUGACAAUCGGGUGGAUAAGGUAUUGCACAUUGUUAUGGAGUGCUGUGCCGGCGGCGAUCUCGCCCAGUUUGUCGAGCGGGCGCGAACACAGAGACGCCGGUUCGAGGAGCGGUUUAUCAAACGCGCUCCAGACAUGGCAAUGGGAUGGCCAAUGGACACAGCACCGCCGUGCACAUUCACCUUGCCGGGAUCCACAUCCAGAAUCUUGAUAUUGGCCAGCACCACCACGGAGAAGGCUUCAUUAAUUCCCCCCAUAUGCAUGGUGCGGGACCUAAGCCUCGACGCUGCAUUCGUGGGCACUCCGGUGUACAUGAGUCCGGAGCUGCUCCGCGGCAGGAGUUCCGACCGGAAGAGCGACGUGUGGGCCCUCGGCUGCGUGGUGUACGUGAUGUGCGCCCUGCGUCCACCGUUCCGUGGGUCCACCUUCGCUCUGCUGUCCGAGAGGAUACUCCAGGGCGUGUUCCGUCGGAUUCCUGCCGUGUACGGUUCCGAUCUACAGGAGAUCAUCUCAGCUAUGCUGAUCGUAGAUCGUGAACAGCGUCCCGACGUCGAGGUGUUCGUGCGGCAUCCGUUGGUGAUCCGGAAUGCCAGCGAGCUGGGCGACGGUUUGCCGAACCUGGUCGAGGCUGAAGGACCUUCUCCUUGUUCCUCUUCGUCGACGUUGCCAAUCCUACCAUUUGGCACAAUGGAGGGGCUCCGAGAGUUUGACACGCUCUUACUGUCAAACGAAGAGGCGAAGCAACAGAUGAAAUCUAAAAUACGGCAAAUAGAUGGCAUUGGUGUUGCUCGCUUCACCAGGAACGUGCUGAAAGCCGUUCUGGUUGACAGUUUGAGCGUGCAGCUCUCGUGGAGAGGAACAAGGACGAAGCCUAGCUUCCAGAAGUUCAAUUUGUUCCUCUUGAUAAAAGACUACGUGUCCGGAGCUGCUCCGCGGCAGGAGGUCCGACCGGAAGAGCGACGCGUGGGCCCUGGGCUGCGUGGUUGA